GCGGUUGGGGGCGGGGCGCGCAGUGUGUUUGCGCCGCGGGAGAAGACGUGUUGGCAGCCUGUCUUCUGAAAUGGCCUGCAGCCCGCGAAGCCCCCCCAGGUACCGGAGCCGCUGCGACCUCGACGCCAGCCCGCCGCCCCCAGCGAGAUGGAGCCUCGGGCGCAAGCGCAGAGCCGACCGCCCGCAUGGGGUGUCGGAGGACGCCGAGGUCCCCGCGAAGCCGGCGGACGACCGAAGACCCGAUAGCUUCACCACCCCUGAAGGCCCAAAACCCCGGUCCAGAUGUUUGGAUUGGGCAAGUGCUGUGGAAGAAGACGAGAUGAGGACCAGAGUGAACAAAGAAAUCGCAAGAUACAAAAGAAAACUCCUCAUAAAUGACUUUGGAAGAGAGCGGAAGUCCCCCCUGGGAAGCUGUGACUCGAAGGCGACCCCGUCCUCAGUGCCGGCUGACCUGGAGACAGAUGAAAGCGUCCUGAUGAGGAGGCAGAAGCAGAUCAACUACGGGAAGAACACCAUGGCCUACGACCGCUACAUCAGGGAGGUCCCGAGGCACCUUCGGCAGCCGGGCAUUCACCCCAAGACCCCCAACAAGUUCAAAAAGUACAGCCGGCGCUCGUGGGACCAGCAGAUCAAACUCUGGAAGGUGGCCCUGCAUUUUUGGGACCCUCCCGCUGAAGAAGGAUGUGAUUUUCAAGAAAUGCGCCCCGCAGACCUCGGGGAGAUGGAGACGGAAUCCGCAGAGAGCAGCUCCGAGUCCCAGGCGAGCUCUCAGGACAACAACUUCGACAUGUACUCGGGCACACCCACCAAAGUCAGACACGUGGACUGCCAGCUGGAGGACGAGUUCGACCUGGAAGCCUGUUUAACCGAACCCCUGAAAGACUUCUCUGCCAUGAGCUAACCGGGCCACGUGGUGGCCGAGCACGGCACGUCGCCCUGCCUGCCAGGUGGAGGGCCCGCCAAGCAAGCGUGUGCUCAUCACACGGCGGCUCCUGUUGAUAGUUUGUUAUCUCCUGGUGAAUUGUUCUUGCCUUAUUUUCUUAAGAAACAAUUUUAUGUAUAGUGAGUGGAUUUUGCAUGUUUUAAGUCAUAAAUGGAACUAAAUCCAACAAAAAUCGACCUUGCAGCAACCUUACGAGAGACUCGCCACUCAGUCCCUGCCAUCGCGCGCUUGCCCGACGCGCGCUGGAGCUGGUUCCCCGCCCGCAUCUCAGGGUGAGGGUGCCGCUGCUCAGACGUCCGGCGUGGGCUGCGCCGCGUCCAGGGGCCAGUGUGGCAUCGCCUCUCCACGCUGGUAUCUGGGUGUUGGCCCAGUCAGAUCCUCUGACAUCUUUAUGGGAACUUAGUGUUUGGCCUUUUGUCAGUAUGUCAAGGUGGUUUUUCCCACGUACAGAGCACUGAGUAGUCAAAGGUACUGAAGGAAUAGGUUUUAUUAAGUUACACAGUCCUAAUGGGGAGCUUGUAAAUAGUGUGAGGCGGGCCUUCUACUGGACAUACUCCGAGAGUUAGGGCAGCAAAGGGGUUCAUGUAAAGUUGCUGUACGUGAUGACGUGCACAGAUUUUCUGUCCAAAUACUCAGCUGUACACUUCUUGUUAAGACUGUUCUGUUUCUGCUGCUUUUGUAUGGAAUGAGAUUGCAAGAAUAAAAAGAACCUUUAACCAAA